GUUGUUACUCUGACGUCCGUUGUUUACCCAAUGUCGAUUACUAGAACAUCCAGAGUUCCAUGAAAAUUGGCGAAGCUCUUCCUUUCUAUUAUCCGGGUCGGCGAGGGCUCAAUUGAGUAUCUCUCCACAGCUGUGGUUCACUGAAUACCUCACUUCCCACCCACCGACAAACCUAAGGAUCAUCUCGACAUUUUCCAACAAGUCCACCGACACACAGACUAAUGGACAAUAGGCUUGGAGCUCAGUCAGUCAGUGACAAACAGCCAAGUGCGUCCAAGUCUGAUACCCAUUUGCCACGGAAUGGCACUUGGCAGUCAGGGACAUCUGGAACAUCAGGAACAUCGUCACGACGCAAUGGGUAUUCUUCUCCAGUAUCAUUUUCUGGGACAGAAGCGACUAUCCUGGGAAGUUUCGAGUCCUUUGCACCUCUAGCUGCACGUUCACAGCUGUCCGAAAAGGUUCCAAUACGCCCAUCGUCUCCAGCAACACUCGUACCCGGAGAGUCGGCAGAACAGCAAGACGGGCAGGUAACUGGGACCAAUGAGACCGAAAAGCUGAUCAGCCCCAGUCAGGAGGACUUUGAGAUGGACCCGGGCCAUGCAUUUUGGAGCUGGUCUGUGAAGAAUGAAAAUUGGUAUCAUGUCGAUAAGCACACAGGAUCGGUUCUCUGGGCACCACGCGAAUUAGACUAGUUCUGGCCCAAUUCAUUUCGUAUUUUGUGUGAGAGUUGACUUCUCGUGUUCUAGCGAUGAACACAAUCUUAUGUCUCUCGACAUAUGUUCCUCUUCUUUCUCUUCAGGACUACUCAUAGAGUAGCGUACGAACCAUCACGGAUCUCAGCCUGAUGAACUGAAGGAUUAGCUGUC